AGUAGUGAAGGGAGUAGAUCAGUAGAAAUAUAAAACCUUUUCUCUCUAUCAUCUUCCCCAAAUUCCACACCCACUCUCUUCACCUGCAAAUCAAUCGAAAAUGGCAGCAGCUGCUUCUCUCCACACUGCUUCACUCUCCUCUUCUUCCACUCUCCUUCAGCACAACAGAAGAUCAACACUCUCUGUUCGAUCCGUAUUCCCGAUUCCCGCCUUCAACUCUCGCAGAUCAUGCACUCAAAUCCGAGCCUCCUUCACCGAUUUCUCUGCUUCUCCCAACACCGGUGGAAGGACUGAAUUAGAUGCUCUAUCACGCUUUAGCGAAGUCGUUCCGGAUACUGUUGUCUUCGAUGAUUUCGAGAGGUUUCCUCCAACUGCUGCAACUGUUAGUUCAUCUCUUCUAUUAGGCAUUUGCAGCCUCCCUGAUACAGCUUUCAAGGGUGCUGUGGAUACUGCAUUAGCAGAUAAACACUGCUAUGGUCUAGAGAGCCCUGAAGCUCGCAUGACAUGUUUUGUGAACAAGGCUUUAGUAAAUGUUGGUGGUGAGCUAUCAAAGCUAGUACCUGGUCGUGUUUCAACUGAAGUUGAUGCUCGUUUAGCAUAUGACACCCAUGCUAUUGUUGGAAAGGUUGAGAACCUGUUGAAUUUGUACAAUAGUAUUGAUGUCCCUGCUGAGAGAUUGUUGUUCAAAAUCCCUGCCACGUGGCAAGGAAUUGAAGCAGCAAGAUUGUUGGAAUCUGAGGGUAUACAAACACAUAUGACUUUUGUAUACAGCUUUUCUCAAGCUGCAGCUGCUGCUCAAGCUGGUGCUUCUGUUAUUCAAAUAUUUGUGGGUCGCCUUAGGGAUUGGGCUCGCAACCACAGUGGUGAUCCUGAAAUAGAAGCUGCUCUUAAAAGAGGAGAAGAUCCUGGAUUGGCUUUGGUGACAAAAGCUUAUAAUUAUAUUCACAAAUACGGGCAUAAAUCCAAAUUAAUGGUUGCUUCGGUUCGAAACAAACAGGAUGUUUUCAAUCUUUUAGGGGUGGAUUAUAUAAUCACUCCUUUGAAGAUAUUACAAGCAUUAAAGGAAUCCACUACUCCUGAUGAUGAUAAAUAUACAUUUGUGGAAAGACUCUCCUCAAAAUCAGCUUUUGCGUAUAACUUUACUGAAGAAGAGUUGGUGAAGUGGGACCAACUUAAGUUUGCGUCUGCGAUGGGGCCCGCGGCAUUGGAACUUUUGGCGGCGGGGAUGGAUGGUUAUUCGGACCAAGCAAAAAGGGUGGAAGAGUUAUUUGGAAAAAUAUGGCCACCACCAAAUGUUUGAGUGAUUGGAUCAAAAUCGAAAGUCGCACGUUGGAAAUAUGGAAUCCGAUAAUAAUGUUAUGUUGUUUGUGGUUUGUAACUUUUAUUUAAAAGCAAUUCGACUCUUUUUGUAUC